GCCCAUCCUGCAGAUGUGGUGAUUCCCCACCAUGCACCACUAACAACAUCCGGGGACUGAACUGCAGAGGAAAGCUUGCUGUGAUAAGUGGUGGUGAAAGACGGCAGAACAAUAAGACUGUAUUAUUGCAGUUUUGUCGUUCUUGGGAUUCUGAGAUGGCGGCCAGUGAGACCAUUGUAGAGGAGCUGCCCAAAAGAUCGCCCACAGAGACAAACAGAAGACCGAACAUGGAUUCCAAAUCACCCAGAAACUCCAAACACCAUCACUCACGAUCCAGGUCACGAUCAAGAGACCGAAAACGCAAAUCAUCUGACAAGAAGCACAGACGAAGUCGAAGCAGGAGCAAAGAGGCGCGGAGGAGGGACCUGGACAAGCCCACAAAGGCGCACCGGGCGGAAGAAGAGCGGGAGCCGGCUGAGAGAGGGCGGGAGCGGCUGGAGGCCGAGAACGGGGAGGAGCGCCAUCGCCGUAGAGACGGGAAGCCGUGCCGCGGGCGGAGUCACUCCCGGUCACGCUCGCGGGAGAGGCGGAAUCGCAGCAGGAGCCGGGACAGGAAGAAGAAGCCAAGGUCUCGCUCAGGGUCCCGUGCCAAACACCGGCACCGCAGCAAGAGCCGCAGCAAGAGCAGGGAGAGGAAGAAGAGACUGGAGAAAGUGAAAGUCCGCAGGAAGUCCCGCAGCCGAACCCCGAGCCCUGUCAUAUUCCGCGGCCGGAACACCGCCAUGGACGCACAGGAAGCCCUGGCCCGGAGGCUGGAACGGGCGAAGAAACUGCAGGAGCAGAAGGAGAAGGACCUGCUGGAGAUACAGCAUCAGCAGCAGGAGAUCGCUGCAGUGGCAGGGCCCCUGCUGGUGGAUCCUGCGGUGGCGGCUGCCGGCCCCUCGGUGCUGAAUGUGGCCGCUCUGCUGGCCUCGGGCACUCAGGUCACGCCCCAGAUCGCCAUGGCGGCGCAGAUGGCGGCCCUGCAGGCGAAGACGCUGGCGGAGACGGGCAUCGCUGUGCCGAGCUACUACAACCCGUCGGCCGUCAACCCCUCCAAGUUCGCGGAGCAGGAGAAGAAGAGGAAGAUGCUCUGGCAGGGCAAGAAGGAAGGGGACAAGUCACAGACGGCUGAACUUUGGGAGAAGCUAAACUUUGGAAACAAGGACCAAAAUGUCAAAUUCCGAAAGCUAAUGGGCAUUAAAGGCGAAGAGGAAGGGGUGGUCCCCGGGGCGAUAAACGAGGAGGGCCUGAGGACGCUGCAGCAGCAGGAGGAGAUGUUCCGGAACCUGGACGUGCAGUACGAGAUGGCGCGGUCCCAGACGCACACCCAGCGGGGGAUGGGCCUGGGCUUCUCCUCGCGGGGGAUGGACUCCAUCUGAACGGCGGCGGCCUGCGUUCUGCUCGCCUCCACAGUCCGCUCGCAGUCCUGGCAUAGCUCCGUUUGCCUAGUGACGUACCGUGAUGUCGCAUUCUCAUUGCUGUAGAUUAGUAAUCCGGCACUGACUGUACAGCUGACCGUAGAGUGUACGCUAAAAUGUGUUGCUUGUGUCGAGGGUGACAUUGUAACCACCUAAAGUUCAUUUCAUGAUCUGUUAUGGCAUAUACGUAGUCGACGCACGUCUUGAGACCUUACCUGAGACGAGCAAAUGGUCAAAAAUAUAUUUUACAAACCGCUUUUCUUUUAGGCGAUGAUAGGAAAGCUGAGUUCUGAAGGUGUGCUUUAGAAGUUCCACAGCAAUCGGAAUGCGACGCGUCAGGAUGCGUCACUACGCAGGCGAGCAGGUCGCCGAGCAACACCGGCACACCUUCCUCCUGGUCCCCGCAGAGAGACUUUACACAGCGCUUGGAACUGCUGGAGCUCUGUGUUCGAGGACUUCUGGUGUAAAAGCCUUUCUGUUUACAUUAGGAAGAGAAAGACAAAACAAAAAGCUAGUAAACUAGCUUGCAUGGGUGUUGCAUUGAAUCUAUAAUUUAUUGAGGGAAAAGAAUUGAUAGAAACAAUCUCCCAGCUGGUCUUCUGUACAUAGUCCAGUGCUGAUUGAAUUCCAUACAUCCUUUUCAGAAAAUUACAAAUAUGGUUUAAUAUGACAGUUGUUGAGAAGGCUGGCCCAGGAACAGUUAACACAAUCCUACAAUUGUAAUUGCUGUGUUCCCCUCCUCUUUGUACUAAAAUGUAAAUAUUUUCAUUUAUUUUAACAUGAAAGCAACAUUGGCUGUUGAAGCGGAAUCACUAAUUACCAUUUGAUUCCCAGUGAGGUAAUACAACUUCUAACCAAUCACAGAAUAUGUAGCGUUUCAUCUAAAAGUCCAUUUAGUUUUGACUUUAAUCAUAUGACGAUGAGCACUAUCCAAAGGACUGGGUCUUUAUUUCCGCUGAUGGCACGACUGCAACGACAACCGUCAAACCGCCUUUGUAUAAAAUAUAUUUACUUCAAUAAAAAUAAAAAAAUAAUUUAAAAAAG